AGUAAAACUAAUAGAAAAGUAGCUGGAAAGAGAAGAACCAUUUUUUCUGAUGAAGAAAGUGAAGAUGAAUCUUACGAGAAAGAAUCUCAGCAAGCUUCUAAUUUUACUACUGAAGUCCAGCCUGAAAGAGACUCUUCGGUUCUCUCUAUCUCUGAUGAAAUAAAUAUUGAAAAUAAAUCUUCUGAGUUGCAUAAAGCAAAAGAUUUACACGAAAUGAGUGACUCUUCCUUUGGCGCAUCAGAGGAAGCAAUUUCUAAUGUUGAACGCCGCAGGAAAAAAAAAAAUUCUAGCUUUUAUGGUGAAUUGGAUGACGACGAUUAUGCAUUAAUUGAGGAAAAUUUGGGCGAUCUCUCACAGCCUACUCUUUACAAGCACCGCAGACUCCGAAGAAAAGCAGAGGAAGUCGAUAAGGAACUUCAAGAAGAGCUUAAAGAUCUUCAAGAUGACUUGAAAAGUGAAGCUUCAGGUUCUGAAGAAGAAGAUCCACUUCAAGAUGAACUUUACUCCGAAGAUGAUAUUCAGGAUUUUAUAGUGGACAGAGAAAGAAGCUCUGAAUUUAGAGGCGUCGGCGGCAAUCAAGAUCUUUUUGUGGCUGAAGAAAUAUUUGGAGACGUUGAUGAAUUAUUCGAGGAAGAAAUUAUUCACGAUGAAAAGUUGGAAGACUCGUUAACUUUAGCAGAACUUUUUGAGCCGGCCGUCCUUAAAAAGGAGCGAAUGGCAGCUGAAGAUUCGGAUAUUCGCUUAAAAGAUGUUCCAGAGAGACUCCAGUUGCUCGGCAUCGAUCGCGUCAAUCCUGAAAACGUGGAUGAAGCCGAACUUGAACAAGAAGCGGAAUGGAUUUACUAUAAUUUAUUAUUAAACGAGUACACUCCACGAGGCGAAAAACUUUAUAUUACUCGCGGCUCUUUACCUUCUAUCGUAAAAGUUUUAAGUCAUUUCCGUAAAGACUUUCUAGAGGUCCCUUUUAUACGCAUGUAUCGCAAGCAGUCAUACGUUAAUCAUCUCACUGAUAGAGAGCUGUGGAUUCUCCUGGAAUGGGACGCCAAAUGGAAUUGUUUUAAUAAUAUGAAAAACAGUUUAUUGGAACUAUUAGAAAAGCUAAAGGAAUCAUUAUUAUUGGAAACUACAAAGAGCACUACCAGCAUUGAACUUGAAUCUGACUCAAAGCUUGAAUUUGUUGGGGUUGUUAGGACGCUUAUUAAGGAAAGUCGGACGGCUUUGGAGCUCAGCGAUUUGCGCGCCUUUUUUAUGCAUCACUUUUAUAAAGAACUGCUCGAGCUUGACUUGAUAAAAAAUGUUAGCCAUCGUAGAAAAAGUUUUCUUGGAAAAGAAGAAGAAGUUUUACUUUAUUGA